AUGGUUCGUGGUAGUGGACGUGUCGGUAUGAAUAGAUUUCCACCAUCGUUAGCCGGACCAAUGGUUCCUCCAUUCAUGUCCCGCAGAGUGCCAAGACAUCCUUUCGAUAUUGUCCUUUGCGAAGGCGCUUUCCCUCGAGUGAAGCCAGGCGCUCAUACUACAGAGGAGUCGGCUUUCAAUGCUGCUUUGCUGAAAAGAGCUCAGGUGUUGACACCCACUCCCGAAGACCAUUCAUCCUUACUGGGAGUUGUUACCAAGAUACAGUCUAUACUGGAUAAUAUUAUUAUAUCCCCAGGAAAAACAGAAGUAUCGAUAGAGGAGGUUAGAGUAGUUGGAUCUUUUAAAAAAGCUACUAUUAUGAAGGGCCAUACUGUGGCUGACAUAGUGGUUAUUUUUAAAACAUUACCCACUAAAGAGAGCGUAAUCUCUUUGUCUCAAAGAAUUAUAGCAGACUUCAGAGAAAACUAUCCUACUGGUAUGCAGAUUGCUGAUGAAGUUUUGAUGGCUCCAGACAGCACUGGUUUUGAUGUUAUUUCAUCACAAGGCACUGUGCGCAUACUAAUUUCCACAAUAUCUACAAAUUUAAAGAAGCUUACGUCUGGCCUACACUUAGAUGCAAAUGCUAUGAAACUACACAUGGGUGCAAUACGCCAUAGCCGGUGGUUUGAUGACAAUGCCUCUCAUUCAUCAAAUAAGAUGCUUGUUAGGCUUCUUAAAGAUUUACGCAACCGUUUUACUGGGCUAAAAUGUUUAAAUCCAUGGAUGAUAGACUUAUUGGCUCAUCGUUCACUGUUAAACAACAAACAAACAUUACCCAUUCAGAUAGCAUACAGGAGAGUCAUACAACUACUAGCUGGUGGGCUAUUUCUUCCUGGUUCAGCUGGAAUAAUAGAUCCCUGUGAAAGUGGUAACAUUAGAAUUCAAACCUUACUAUCAUUGGAACAACAAGACUUACUGUGCAUGACUGCACAACAUUUAGUUCGUGUGAUGGCUCAUGGUGGUUUUAUUGCUGUACUAAAUGGAAACGAUAAUAUUCUAAAAUUGAAAUCUAUUAACGGCAUUGUUUUUGAAGAUUUGCAAAAAGCUUAUGAGAAACAAGAAGAGAUGGUAGAAGAUGUGGAUGCAACAAGUGCAGAAAAUGAAGAAGUAGCAAUGGAGAGUACAUAA